AUGAAUUGCAACAUUUUCUUUCUUAAGCAUGUCAAGUUUAAAGUGCAUGCUGGCAAAAUUACAAGAUUUUGGGAGGAUAGCCGGUUAUAUGAUAGACCAAUUAAAGAUUGUUACCCUCAUCUAUUUAAUGUUUCAAGAUCCAAAAAUUUGAAAGUUGCAGAAGUUGGUUUUCCAGGGGAAAAUGGUGUUGUUUGGAAUCUUAAAACUCCUACUAGAUUGUAUGGAGAAGCUGCAGUGGAACAUGCUGUCCUUCUUACAAACUUGAGAUCUUUUAAUUUCAGUAUUGGUUUAGAAGAUGAUCUUCAAUGGUCUUUGAGCUCAACAAAAAAUUACACAGUGAAAUCUUUAUAUGAUUUUAUGUGCACUAUAGAUUCAAAUGAUCAGGAGAGUGCAGUUUUUUCAUUUAUAUGGAAACAAAAGUAUCCUCCCAAGAUUAGAUUCUUCCUCUGGACAAUUGCUCAUGACAGGCUUCCCACUGGAGAUUCUUUAAGAAAGAAAGUCUGGAGUUGUUUUCUGGAUAAGCUAAACUGGUUUUUCUCAAUGCCUGAGCACACUGCAACUGCUAUUCAAUCUUGGCAUUUGACUCAAUCUUCUUCAGCUUUAACUGAUGUUUGGAACUUAAUCCCUGCAACAAUUCUCUGGUGCAUCUGGCAAGAGAGGAAUGCUAGAGUGUUCAAUAGAAAAAUCAGCAAUGAAGUUGCAAUCAUUAAUAAGGCUAUCUAUUGCCUUUAUUCUUGGUCCUUAGCUAUCAAAGAUUUUGAGCUUAUUUAUUCUGCAGAUGUUAUGAACAAUUGGCAUUCUACUUUUUUUGGUUGA